CGUCACUUCUCCAUGUUCACCUCAGCUAUCUUGCAUUGAACAUAAUCUUUGCGCAGGAUCUCAUUCUCACUUCGACAAUGCGGUCCAUCAAUAAAGGCGAUACAUGGGCGACAAGAUGGCGCGGCUGGAUAUUUCUCGCUUGUGUUUUCAUCUUUUUUAUGCAAGCUGGCCUUUUCGCCGGUAACAAUGAUCGCACUUCUCAACGAGACUCGAGUUCACGAGCAAACUGGUUCUCGACUUCCUCAAAAUGGCUCCCUUUUGUCAAGAAUGAAAAAAAAUCAUACUCCCUCGCUGAACAUCCCAUACCGAAAUUGAUGGCGGAUGCGGAGGAGAAGUUCAAGCAUAUGCUUUCUAGGCAAAGCAAGACUCUUGUGGACGCUGUGCGUGAAUACAGGAAACGAUACGGGCGCGAGCCUCCCAGAGGGUUUGGAGAUUGGUGGCAGUUCGCGCAGGAACACAAUGUAAGGCUGGUGGACGAGUUUGAUGCCAUUGAUGAAGACCUGGCACCGUUCUGGAAUAUGUCUGGCGUAGAAUUUCGAAGGAGGACAGUUCAAGUCAGCGAACUUCCGUCUAUUGAUUUGGUCCGCAUCAUAGGUGGCAAGGCUGAAGGCCUUUCCAUCGACACGUCGGAGCACUUGGGGUUUAUGACUUUGCUGGAGAAAUUUGUAGAUAAGCUCCCUGACAUGCAAUUUGCCAUCAACUCGAAGGCGGAGGGCAGAGUCUUGGUACCUUGGGAACACCGCCAAUUCCCUAACAUGACGACACAAGAUUCAUCAGGUGGAAUAACUUCCAUGGUUGGAACUGGUUUCACUUCUGAUUGGAGGGGGGAAGGAAGUGUUUGGGCAGCUUAUCGCCGAACGUGUCCUCCUGAAACUGAAGCCCGUCGCCUUUACGCUUCAUACCGCAAUCCCAAUGCUCAAAAUUCAAAAGUCUUCUUCGGCUCCGCUCCAGCUCCUGGAGACGAAUUCUCCUUUGUGCCAAGUGUCGAAGAUUCUAUCGAUUACUGCUCGUAUCCUUGGGCUCACUACUUCCAAGGCCACUUUUUCUCGGACUGGCGCACGAUACCUGUGCUUUACCCCGUUCUAUCUCCCGCGAAGGCCUCAGGAUUUUUGGAUAUCAGGAUUCCGAGCCACUAUUAUUUCGGACAACAUCCCAGGUACACUUAUGGAUUCAAUGCUCACGGUGACGAGCCCCAUGACGUUGAUGUGAUGGAGGUUCCAUGGGAAAAAAAGACAGAUGUCGUUUUCUGGCGGGGUGCAGAUACUGGUGGUGGUAGCACUCCCCCGGGCUAUGCAUCACAUUACCAGAGACACAGAUUUCUUCACAUGACACACGAGAGCGUAACAGGAAAUCGCACGAUUAUCCAUGCUGACCCCUCGAGCGCUAAUAACUUCAUUACUACUGAGGUGCCUGUGCGACAGCUGAAUGCUGAGAUGAUUGAUGCUGCAUUUGUUUCGACAGCUGGCGAGUAUCCUGGCGGCGAGGAAGCACUUAGGAAAAGUCACCGCUUCGCAUCACCCGUUCCCCUGGGUCAGCACUGGGCGUACAAAUAUCUGCUUGAUCUUGACGGUAUGGGUUACUCGGGACGUUUCCUAGCACUUUUAUCUAGUGAAAGCGCCGUGGUAAAGAGUACUGUGUGGCAGGAGUUCCUCUCAGAUUGGUUACAGCCAUGGCUACACUAUAUACCUUUAUCCUCAUCUUACGGCGAGAUAUACAACAUCCACGCGUAUUUCUCAGGACCUACGCCCUCAACUUUGGCUGCUGCAAAUUUGACUACCACACCCCCAAUACAGUCACUAGACGGCGACCAGCGUUUACAGCGCAUCGCACGUGCGGGCCGACAGUGGAGAAAAACAAUUGGGAGGACUGUCGAUAUGGAAGCGUACGUCUACAGACUAUGUUUGGAGUAUGCGAGACUGUGGGCCGAUGAUCGUGACACGAUGAAUUUUGUGCUGUAAUAUAGAGAUAAGCUGCGUACUGCGGCAAAGCUUACGGUGUCUUGAUGUCUGAUCAUAUCACUUCAUUUGAAUCUCAUAUCAGCUUUCGUGGAGUAUUGAGCCAUCAGAGUUGUUCAUAUAACUUAUGCCUUUGAAGGACGCAAGAGUGGUGCGGAAUGUAUCAGAUUCGCGGUGCUUGCGCAUGAGAGCCGAACUUGGACUUGUU